GGAAAGUUCAAAAGUAGACAUUAUUCAGGAUAUAAACCUCUUCCACUUCCCUUCAAUUAUAAUCUGCAUACAAAUCAUUCAAAAUGUUGCGCACUAUCUCCAGAAAGACUUUCUCCCAAUCCACAAAUACUAUCUUCAAACCUUCCACAACUCUUUUCUCAAGAAACAUGGCCGAUAGUCGUGUUGAAGCAGCUUCUCAAGUUGCGGGUGAAAAGAAAGAUACAAGUCCAUCCAACCCCUCAGUCAUUUCAUCUGCAGGUGCUAUUGGCAAGCAAUUCAACCCCGAUGGAAAUAUUGGACAAGUUGGUGAGAAGAUUGGUGGUCCAUUCUCAAAGGAUGGCGCUAUCGGUUCCCAAUUCGAUGCCGCGAAAGAUGGUCUCGCUGGACAGGUUGAGAAGGCGGUUGAUGGGCCAAGUAGACCUGCUACGGAGAAGAAGUAAUGGGUUACGAUGAUGAUGAAUAGGGUUGAUGAUGAAUUCUGAAGCUGUGAUUAUAAUAUAGUUUUGAGGGGUUUCCACAGUCGACGGAUUAGCUAUAUGUAUUAUAAUGAUAAGUAACGAAACUUGAGUUUAUUGAUGAG